CCUCUGCUCAGCGAGGCCGAGAUCCGUCUUGCGACGACGAUGAAGCGACCUCGCAUGACGUACUCUUUCGAAGUGGCUAGGAGACACCUGGAAGAGGCAGAUGUGCGAUUCAAGAGCAUGUUCUCCACAGUCGACAUGACUAGAUUCAAGCCUUUCUUGGCAGCCGCUCAAGAAGGCAAUCUUCCACGCAGAACAAUGACGACGUCCAUCAUCGGACAGCAAAUUUCGUGGAAAGCUGCCAAGGCUGUAAUUUGGCGUUUCUGCUCCAUCUUCCACCCUGAGCUCGGCCAAGCGCCUUCUGAUCGAGAGCAAUUCAAAUCCCAGCUCGUCUUUCCGGCUCCCCUGCAGGUCUUGUCAGAGGAUCCUCGCAAAUACAGAGGUGCUGGUCUAAGUGAAGCCAAAGCUCGAUCCGUCGUCGAUGUCGCAAGAAGAUUCGCUGAUGGACGUCUGAACGUUAGGAGAUUAUCCGCUGCUAGCACUGAAGGGUGCACCGAUGAACUCGUCGAAGCUAGAGGUGUGGGACCUUGGACCGCGCACAUGGUCCAGCUUUUCGCUCUUCGGGAACCAGACGUGCUGCCAGUUGGUGACCUUGCGGUGCAACGAGGCAUGGUGGAGUUCUUUCUCUCAGAUCGCAGAGGACCGAAAAUUGCAAGAAAAGAAGGAGGGAUCUACGAGCGGGACUCGCCGCCCCCCGACAUUUAUACUAGAGAAAUUCCCUUGCAUCCGGCCGGGAUCAGCCAUGAGUUCCUGCGCUCUCGGCGGAACUUAGAAUUCAAAAAGCGCAAAUACUUUUUGCCUGAGCAGAUGGAGCUCCUCACAGAGACUUGGCGACCUUACCGAAGUGUCGGCGUUUUGUUAAUGUGGUGA